UCUCGUUCAGACGGACGAGAACAAACUUUUCGCUGUUUUCAAACUCGCGGUGUCCGAAAGUGGAGGCUGUGGGAGCGGAGAUAACAGCCUACUCCACUUUUCUGUGGCAAAGUGAUGAUGUCAUCAGCAGAUGCUCCACCGUGUGACGCACUCGCCCGUCGGCCCCCGGUAACUGUCGAGUCGUUUGCGAUGACGGGGUGGCAUGGCUCAGUUGCAGCGUGUUUCAAUCCAUUCCUACAUUUACCUUGUCUCAUCCCAUUAUAUUCCACAAUGCCUCACCAAAUCACCCUCCACCACCUCGACCUCUCCCGCUCAGACAGGAUCUUCUGGACUCUCGAGGAACUCAACCUCCCAUACGACGUUCGAGUCCACUUCCGUCUCCCCACUCGCUCAGCUCCUCCUUCCCUUCAUAAAGUGUCCCCUCUUGGCCGCGCCCCAGCCUUGAUUCUUGACGACAAGCUCCUCACCGAAUCAGCAUAUAUCAUUCACACUCUCCUCUCUCUUCCCGAGGUCCAGCAAGCCGCUCAAAAGGGAGAGAUUGAUGUUCAGGUAGAGAACACUAAUGAUGAUGUGUUUUGGAGCCAUUUCGCAGAAGCGAGUAUGAUGAAUCUCUUACAAGGGAUGGCGACUGUUGGUGCGACAUCCCAAGGGUGGUUGUCGGGGAAAGUACCUGGGUUGCCGGAGAUGUCAGAGGAUGAGAAGAAGGGGAUCCAAAAAUACUCUUCUUGGCUCCAAGAUGGGUACUUCCGACCUAACAUUCAGUCUACUAUCGACUUUGCAGAGAAUUUCCUCGCCAAACAAGAUGCUCCAUUCUUCUCCGGUACCUCCAAGCCCGGAGAGGGCGAUUUCAUGAUGUUCUUCGCCAUCAACUCCUUCCUCGGUGGGUCGCGAGCUGAUAUGGGAUUCAAAGUCGGUCCCAACUUGAAGAAAUGGUACGACACUGUACUUUCCAGGCCCGCAGGGAAGAAAGCUUUGAAAAGAUUGAAGCAGGAGGAAGAAAGUGCCAAGGCGAAAAUCUAAACUCGAAUUCAAUCGGUGGUAUGAAAAGAUAUCAUGUAACGGAGGAAUAUGGGCUUCAAAUCAAUGCAACGGAAAAUAGACCUUCAUCCCAUCUUCUCUCAUUUCCACGCCAUCCAUCUCAAGACAUCAACUUUGUAAGACAGACAAUUUAUUCAUCUUUACGCAUCAAGUAUAUCAGAAAAGUAAAUACUGUACUGUUUAUUUCUUCAUCCAUUAUUCUCAGAUUAUCUGUACAACUUCACAUGUCACCCCCCUCCACAUACAAGCUUGUAAUGGAUUUACAGCUUCGAGCGCUGGAUUCAGUGAUUACGAGGAAGCUCGACAACUUGAUCGAUCCCUUCGUAAGGUGGAAUAUUAAGCUCGUGCUUCUUGCCCAGCUCGCUACCAUACUCAUUAGCCCAUCUAUCUCUUUUUCACUC